GACAACCCGAUCGAGCAAGUGCGACUAACGGUACCGAUCACCGACGAUCCCAGCGUUCCAGCGCUCACAUUUCGAACAUGGGUUCUCGGAGUGGCUUCCUGCGUGAUCCUGUCGUUCCUCAACCAGUUCUUCAGCUUCCGAUCCAAUGCUCUGUCUGUCAGCUCUGUUUCGGCACAAAUUCUGGUUCUGCCAAUGGGGAAGCUGAUGGCCGCCACUCUUCCUGCAAAGGCCAUCCCAAUUCCUUUCACCAAGUGGUCGUUUUCGUUGAAUCCGGGACCCUUCAAUAUGAAGGAACAUGUCCUGAUCACCAUAUUUGCCAACUGUGGAGCUACCGGAGCUUUUGGACUUACCGUUGUUACCACCGUAAGGGCUUUUUACCACCGGCAUAUCAACGUUUUCGCGGCUUUGUUGUUGAUCCUGACCACUCAGUUGCUUGGGUAUGGGUGGGCUGGAAUGUUCAGAAAGUAUCUGGUGGAUUCCCCACACAUGUGGUGGCCUUCAAACCUAAUCCAGGUCUCACUUUUCAGGGCAUUGCAUGAGAAGGAGAAGCGCCUGAAUGGAGGGAAGACAAGGCUGCAAUUCUUCGCCAUCGUUUGUGUAUCAAGCUUUGCUUACUACAUUCUUCCAGGAUAUUUGUUCCCUUCGAUAUCGACCGUUUCGUUCAUUUGUUGGAUAUGGAAGGACUCCAUCGCUGCCCAACAGCUCGGUUCGGGGCUGAACGGCCUUGGCAUUGGCUCGUUCGGCCUAGACUGGUCCACGGUUGCCGGGUUCUUGGGAAGCCCUCUAGCCACGCCGUUGUUCGCAAUCCUCAGCACCAUGGCUGGUUUCAGCAUGAUGGUGUACAUCAUUCUGCCAAUUGCCUAUUGGCGAAACGCAUUCGAGUCGAGGAGAUUCCCAAUGUUUUCCCAGGAAACUUAUGACGGUGCUGGCCAAGUGUACAACGUUACAAGGAUCAUGAACGAAAGAGGGUUCGACCUCGAUGUUGUUGGAUAUGAAGGUUACAGCAAGCUCUAUCUCAGCGCUGUUUUUGCAAUCGGACUGGGAUUCGGUUUCGCAGCUCUGAUGGCAGCGAUUACACAUGUUGCACUUUUUGAUGGCAAAUCAAUUUGGGAGCACUGGAAGAAGACUACCGGAGAAAAGAACGACCGAUCCAUCGAUGUGCACACCAGAAUAAUGCGAAGGAACUACGAAGCAGUUCCUCGAUGGUGGUUCAUGGCGACCAUGAUCAUACCGUUUGCUCUUUCUUUUCUCGCCAUCGAAGGGUUUGGCAAACAACUGCAGCUCCCGUGGUGGGCACUCAUUAUGGCAUGUGCAUUUGCAUUUGCCUUCACAUUGCCUGCAGGAAUCAUUCUAGCUACAACAAACCAGAUGAUUUGGACCGAUGUCAUAGCCGAUUUGUUGAUCGGAUACAUUUACCCGGGCAAGCCCCUAGCUAAUGUGGUUUUCAAAUCGUAUAGCUCCGUCAGCAUGUUUCAAGCUCUGGGUUUCCUCUCAGAUUUCAAAUUAGGACACUAUAUGAAAAUCCCUCCAAAAUACAUGUUCCUGGUUCAGAUAGCUGGAACACUUGUUGGCUCGGCCGCUCAAUUCGCUACAGCUUGGGCGCUCAUAUCGAACAUAGACAACAUCUGCGACAUCGAGAAGCUCCCCGUAGGAAGCCCGUGGACAUGUCCCGGGUACGAUUACUUCUACAGCACGUCAAUCCUGUGGGGAGUGAUCGGUCCCCACCAAGUCCUCGACAACGGUGUUUACUCCAUACUGAAGUGGUUCUUCCUCAUCGGCGCCCUGGCACCUUUCGCGAUAUGGUUGCUGGCUCGUAGGUUUCCGAAUAAGAAGUGGAUCGAGUCCGUCCACGUGCCUAUCAUCUUCUCCGGUGCGUACGGAAUCCUGCCCGCCAGACCGGUCCACUACUUGUCCUGGGCUGCCGUGGGGAUAUUCUUCAACUACUACGUCUACCGGAAGUACAAAGGCUGGUGGGCGCGACAUACUUACAUCCUGUCGGCUGCAUUGGAUGCUGGUGUCGCGUUCAUGGCGGUAAUGAUCUACUUCACGCUUCAGAGCAAGAACGUCUAUGGUCCGGUAUGGUGGGGUUUGGAGGCCGACGAUCAUUGCCCUCUCGCGAAAUGUCCUACUGUUCCUGGGAUUUUCGUUGAUGGAUGUCCUGCAUUUCAUAUUACUUUAAAUCAUUUCUAA